AUGAAGUUGAACCCUAGCAAAUGUGCUUUUGGAGUAUCAUCAAGGAAAUUCCUUGAAUUUAUGGUCUCCCAUAAGGGAAUUGAAGCGAAUCCUGACAAAAUUCAAACAAUACUGGACAUGAAGCCUCCGCAAAAUACCAAAGAAAUCCAAUCCCUCAUUAGACGAGUUGUUGCACUUAACAGGUUUGUCUCUAAAGCCACUGACAAAUUUUUUCCAUUUCUUAAGGUUCUUAAAAAAGCAUUUGAAUGGACCAAUGAGUGUCAGAAAGCUUUCGAAGAUCUGAAGGUGUAUCUUACCAUGGCUCAUUUUCUAAGUUCGUCCGUGGUGGGAGAAAAGUUGUAUUUGUACUUGGCAGUCACCCCGCAUACCGUGAGUUCAGCAUUGAUAAGAGAAGAAGAUAAAGUGCAAAGACCUUUGUACUAUACAAGUAAGGCAUUAAGGGGAGCGAAAAGACGAUAUCCACAAAUGGAGAAAUUAGCCUUCGCAUUGAUAACUGCUUCCAGGAAGCUAAGGCAUUAUUUCCAAGCACAUGUCAUUAAUGUCAUGACAGAUCAUCCGCUCAAGAAGGCUGUAGAGCUCAGCGAGUUUGACAUUAGAUAUCAACCAAGGCAUGUCAUAAAAGCUCAAGCCUUAGCAGAUUUCAUUGCGGAGUUUACCCCAAAUCAUGAUGAGACGGAAAACAGUAAGAGAUGGGUUGUCCCUGUGGAUGGUUUAUCUACAUGGCACGCAGGAGGAAUUGAUGUGGUCCUACAAUCCCCGGAAUUGGAUAAACUGAAACACAAAGUUCGUUUGCAGUACCAAACAACUAAUAAUGAAGUCGAGUAUGAAACCCUCCUCAAAGGGCUAGAAUUGGCUAAGUCUAUGGAAGCCAAGUCCAUACUCGUCUUGAGGGAUUCUCAGUUGAUUAUGGGCCAAGUGAAUGGGAUAUAUGAGGCUAAGGAAGAACGAAUGAGGAAAUACCAUAGUAGGGUGAUGCGCCUUAUGAAAAGAUUUGAAGAAGCUGACUUCGUUCAAAUCCCAAGGGAGGAGAACAUGGAAGCUGAUACCAUAGCAAAAGAAGCCUCAACAAAUGAAUCCAUGGACGAAUUUGAUGAGAUUCAGUAUAUGCCAAGUAUAGAUAUCCUAGAAGUACAACAGGUAGAGAGUAGAGGAAAUUGGAUGACCCCGAUUGUAUCAUACCUGAAAGACGGACGACUUCCAGAAGAGAAAGAUGAAGCCAGGAAGUUGAGGGUACGAUCGAUUAGGUAUGUUCUUAUGGACGAGGUGCUAUACAAAACAGGUUUUUCUCAGCCUUAUCUUAAAUGCUUGGCUCCGGACGAAGCAAACUACGUAUUGAGAGAAGUUCAUGAAGGAGCAUGUGGCAAUCACUCAGGAGCUAGGUCACUUGUCCGUAAGGUCGUCCGUGUGGGGUAUUAUUGGCCAAAUAUGUAA